AUGGGAACAGCCACAUCUUGUCGAAUGUGCUGCAAGCAGUUUGGAUCAGUCCAUGCCAGGGAACACCAUGAGAAACAGAAGCACCACUUUACAGCCAAUAAAAGAGCUCAAAUGGCCACUAACUUUAAGCCUGAAAGCUUCUUGGAAUAUACAACACCAAUGGAGAUAAAUACAUUUGUGAAAAAAAACCUCAGACCCAUUUUGGGUCCAGUAAAGCUAGCCUGUACAUCAGAAGUUGAAGGCAUUAUUACAUUUAUCAAAGAAAUUUUUCCAUUGCCAAUAACUUCCAUUGUCAAGGGUGGUUCAUAUGUAAAAGGAACGGACACCCAAGACUUUUCUGAUGUGGACAUAGUUCUUUUUAGCAAAGCUUUUGCCAGUAUAGAAGACUGCCAAAGGACAACUCCAGAGGUCAUAGAAGAGUUAGGAAAUGCCCUGAUAAAAUCCUCAUGGACAAGGAGGUUAGUCAUGCAGAAACACACGAAGUUUUCCUUGAGGUUCUAUUUUAAGUGUUAUAAAAAUCACCAUGGCCACUCAUUUGACAUCAUGCCUUGCUAUGACAUGUUUGCAUCUGUGUUAUCAACAGGUCCAAAAGAGAGUUUUUAUCACAAGCUGUACCUCUGCAAUGAUGAUGAUAAGAUCCAGCUGUAUUCCAUGGCCUUAUUGAAAUACCAAGUUGAAUUUGUCAAAGCAUCAACAGAAACGGUGAAGGACUUCAUACGUUUAAUGAAGCACUGGUUCAAAACUUCAUUUGCUGAACCAACCAAAGAAAAUAAGUUUCGCAGGCUUCCUUCCUCCUAUACAAUUGAACUGAUCACCAUUUACGUCUGGGAACUGGCUGGAAAGCCCAUCUUUUUCAGCUUUAUACAGGGGAUGAGAGCUGUCCUGAAGCUUUUGACUCAGUAUCAAGAGAUAAGCAUCACAUGGCACAGACACUACAGACCAAAUUUUCCAAUUUUUCAGAAAAUGUUUUUGAAGCAAAGCAGGCCAUUUGUGCUGGAUCCUGUUAACCCAACCUUCAAUGUGGGUGAAAACAGCAAUGCUUGGGAUGAAGUAGCCCACGUGGCCAGACAGAGUCUCCUCAAGCCCCUCUUCAAUGGCAUAGCAGCAAAGGAGCCUUGGCUUUUUACAAACAACUGGUGA